UAUACUGUGUAGACAUGCCAAUGUCGCUUCAAUGAUCGACACUGACAGCCCGAUAGGGCAAACGCUUAUCAAGCCGCUUCAGGCCGCUGUCGAGCAACUAUUAGAAACCCUAAAAGCGCCAUAUGAUGGAUGGGCAUCUAAAUUCAACCAGUCGAUUGCCUCUGGCACCUGGGGUGGCCGCCAUCAAACUGCCGGCAGUGGGCGAUCGUGCCCUAGAUCAGUUGUCGCUCGUGAACCGCAUAAAGUUAAGCUGCGGAAUAGGCCGCCGCUAUGGGCGGCGAUGACUAUGCCCGUCGGUGUAUCGGCCGGCAGCGGAAAGCUCGAGUCGAAGCCAACUGGGGCUUCGGACGCCGCAGCGGGACCGAAGGGGAAGGGCGAACCUGAGGACCGCAUACUCAUCUCUGAGGUGGAGGUGGUGGGGUGCGAGGGCGAGCUGAAGCGGGUGGCGCAGGAGGCACUCACCACCCGACCCAACUUCGCAUACACGCUGGACGAGGUCAAGGCUGACGUGCGGCGUGUGUUUGCCACGGGCUGGUUCUCAGAGGUGGCCCCCGACUCGGAGGACACGCGGGACGGAGUGAAGCUGAGGAUACGGGUCCGCCCCAACGAGGAGGUCCGCUCCCUGACCGCGGUGGGGGCCAACAUGUUGCCCGCCUGCGUCAUACAGCAGGCAUUCGAGGGUAUGCCGGGCCGCACGCUGAACCUUGGGUCGCUGCAGCGGGCCAUCGGGCAGCUGGACGCCUGGUACCAUGAGCGGGGGAUCAUGGGAAUGGUGUCUGACUUCACCUUCGAGGAGGGCGCGCUGCAGCUGCAGUGCGCGGAGGCGGUGGUGGGGGCGCUGCAGCUGCGCUUCCUGGACCCCGCAACCGGCCAGCCGCGGGAGCAGCCGCGCACUCGGCCGCACAUCAUAACACGACACAUCACCACAAAGCCGGGGCAGGUGUACAACCUGCGCACCAUCCGUCGCGACAUCAACGCCGUCUACUCCACCGGGCUGUUCGAGGACGUGAACGUGGCUACUCGGGAGGCGGAGGACUCCACGGAGGGGGC